CUGUGUUGGGUAGACUAUAACCCGAUCCAUCCCCAAACGUUCCGCACCCUUCCGCACCUCUCCCUCGUUAUCUUUCUUUCUCUUCCCUAAAACCCAAAACCCACUUUCUCCAUUAAAACACCUUCAUUUACAAACAACCAUAAUCCAAAUUUGAUGGAGAAGAAUACCCUAUAACAGAACAGUUCAAACCAAUUUGCACUAUUUUUCUCAAUAUAUUUUUUGUUGUUUGUUGAAAUUGUAAAUUUCUUCUCAAACCACAUUAAUAGUAAAUGGGCAUACUUACACUCCCGUUAGUCAUCUCUGUCCUUAAACCCCAUAAUUAUAAACCCCAAAAUUUCUCUUUAAUUUUUUGCCCAACUCGUCAAUUUUGUUUUAAACCCUUUAAUCGUCGCUUUUUUGCGUCUUCAAAUGCUGGUGCUUCCACAUUGCAGAAUACUAUUUCCAACAAUGGAGAACCCAGUUCAGUUCAUACUACUUCCUCUGUACCCACUUUUCAACAAGCUAUUCAGCGUCUCCAGGAAUAUUGGGCUUCUGUUGGAUGUGCAGUUAUGCAAUGCAGCAACACUGAGGUCGGAGCGGGGACGAUGAAUCCCCUGACUUAUCUAAGAGUCCUCGGCCCAGAGCCAUGGAAUGUUGCUUAUGUAGAGCCUAGUAUCCGGCCAGAUGACAGUCGCUAUGGAGAAAAUCCAAACCGUCUUCAACGCCACACCCAAUUUCAGGUUAUACUGAAACCGGAUCCUGGGAAUUCUCAAGAUCUCUUCAUUCGCAGUUUAUCUGCUUUAGGUGUUGAUGUCAAUGAGCACGAUAUACGUUUUGUGGAGGACAACUGGGAAAGUCCGGUUCUUGGUGCAUGGGGAUUAGGUUGGGAAGUUUGGAUGGAUGGGAUGGAGAUCACUCAAUUUACCUACUUCCAGCAGGCUGGGGGUGUUCAAUUGUUGCCAGUGUCUGUUGAAAUCACUUAUGGUCUGGAGCGAAUCCUCAUGCUGCUUCAGGGAGUUGAUCAUUUCAAGAAAAUCAAGUAUGCUGAUGGGAUCACAUAUGGAGAACUGUUUGCAGAGAAUGAGAAGGAAAUGAGCGCAUAUUAUCUUGAGCAUGCCACUGUAGAUCAUAUCCAGAAACAUUUUGAUUUUUUUGAGCAGGAAGCUUGCCAUUUGCUCAAAUUGGGUCUAGCAAUACCUGCGUAUGAUCAGCUUCUGAAGACAUCUCAUGCUUUCAAUAUCCUAGAUUCUAGAGGCUUUGUUGGUGUAACUGAACGUGCUCGCUAUUUUGGUCGAAUGCGUAGUUUAGCUCGUCAAUGUGCACAAUUAUGGCUGAAGACAAGGGAGUAUCUAGGUCAUCCUUUAGGUGUUGCUGCUGAACUUGGUCCUCUGACAUGCCCAAGAGAGGUACUGCAGUCUGCAGUAGAAAAGGUGGGUUUAGAGCCAAGGAUGUUUGUCCUUGAAAUUGGAACCGAAGAGUUGCCAUCACAUGAUGUAGCUUCUGCAAUUCAGCAGCUGAAAGAUCUCAUUUUGCAAUUACUGGAAAAGCAAAGAUUGGGUCAUCAUGAAGUACAAGCGUAUGGCACACCUCGAAGAUUGGUGGUCUGCUUUGAUAGCUUGUGUGCUAGGCAAGUGGAAAAUGAGGUUGAGGUUCGAGGACCCCCAGUUUCUAAGGCAUUUGACAACCAAGGAAAUCCAACGAAGGCUGUUGAGGGUUUUUGCCGUAGAUAUAAUACUUCUUUGGAUUCAAUAUACGAAAAAGUGGAUGGAAAGACCCAAUAUGUAUAUGCUCGGGUCAUGGAGCCCUCCAGAAGUGCUUUAGAGGUUUUAGCUGAGGAUCUCCCUGGUAUAAUUGCUAAGCUGUCAUUCCCAAAAUCAAUGCGUUGGAAUUCACAGGUGGUGUUUAGUAGGCCAAUUCGUUGGAUCAUGGCUCUGCACGGUGAUGUUAUAAUUCCAUUUACUUUUGCUGGAGUUUCCAGUGGAAAUUUAACUUAUGGUCUUCGUAAUACACCGUUUGCAACUGUUGAGGUUGAAAAGGCAGAAUCGUACGUAGCUGUGAUGGAGAAUGCUGGCAUAUCUGUAGAUAUUGAGGAGCGUAAAAAGUUGAUUUUGAAGCAUUCAACUGCUUUAGCUGAAACUGUUAGUGGACAAGUAAUUAUGCCUAGUGGUUUAUUGGACGAGGUUGUUAAUCUGAUUGAAGCACCAACCCCAAUAUUGGGAAAGUUCGAUGAAUCUUUCUUAAUGCUCCCAAAAGACCUUCUAACAAUGGUUAUGCAGAAGCAUCAGAAAUACUUUGGACUUGCUGACAAUAGUGGAGGAUUGUUGCCCUAUUUUAUUGCGGUGGCAAAUGGGGACAUUAACGUUGAUGUGGUGAGAAAAGGGAACGAGGCAGUUCUCAGAGCACGCUAUGAAGAUGCGAAGUUCUUCUAUGAGACAGACAUAAGAAAGAAGCUUUCAGAGUUUAGAGGUCAACUUAAUGGUAUCCUUUUCCAAGAAAAACUCGGAACCAUGCUGGAUAAAAUGACACGUGUUGAGAGCAUUGUUACCGAAUUAGCCUCUUCCUUGGGUUUUGAGUCGGAGCAGCUUCAGACUGCACAGGAAGCUGCAUCACUCGCUAUGUCAGAUCUUUCCACUGCUGUUGUGACUGAAUUCACUUCUCUGGCAGGAAUUAUGGCCCGCCAUUAUGCUUUGAGAGACGGCUACCCAGAGCAGAUUGCUGAGGCUUUAUUUGAGAUUACUCUCCCUAGAAAUUCAGGAGAUAUACUGCCGAAGACAGAUUUGGGAAAUGUUCUGGCAAUAGCUGACAGAUUGGAUAGCCUUGUUGGUUUGUUCGGGGCAGGCUGUCAACCUAGUUCAACAAAUGAUCCAUUUGGUCUGCGGAGAAUUUCAUAUGGGCUUGUGCAAUUAUUGGUGGAAAAUAAUAAAGAUUUGAACUUGCGACAAUCUCUGGAGCUCGCUGCUGAGGUCCAACCUAUUCAAGUCGAUAGCAGUACAGUAGAUGAUGUACAACAAUUUGUAACAAGGAGGCUGGAGCAAUAUCUGGUUGACAAGGGCAUAAAUCCAGAAGUUGUUCGAUCUGUCCUCUUAGAGCGUGGUAGUUGGCCAUGUCUAGCAGCAAAAUCGGCAAUAAAGAUGGAAUCCAUGUUUAAAGAUGAUCUCCUUCCAAAGGUUGUUGAAGCAUAUUCCCGGCCAACAAGGAUUGUCCGAGGAAAGGACAUAAAUAUCCACACAGAGGUGAAUGAAGCUUCUUUCGAGACAAGGGAAGAGAAAGCUUUGUGGAUUGCUUUCUUGUCAGUGAACAAACAAGUUCAUCAUGGUAUUGAAGUUGAUGUUUUUGUUGAAGCAUCCUCGGAAUUAGUACAGCCACUUGCUGAUUUCUUCGAUAAUGUAUUUGUAAUGGUGGAAGAUGAACAAGUUAGGAAUAACAGGCUUGCUCUGCUUAAAAAGAUUGCAGACCUUCCAAGGGGUAUCGCGGACUUCUCAGCUUUGCCUGGAUUUUGAAGAAUAUAAUUUUUUUUUGAAGAUAUUUGAAAACAGAACUAACUAUAGUAAUAGGCCUUGAUUAUGUACAUUAUCUUUUUUCCCCCUUUUUAUCAGUUACAUGGUGCAUUAUUUGAUUAUCUGUGAUCAAAAGUUGAACUGGUCUGUGUAGCACAAAAUUAGCUGAGGGUUCCGUGAACCUCAUUCAUGUCAUUUCCGAGCUUUGUUAGCAUGGUGACGAAUGGUGUUGCAAGAAGAGAAACAGGUCCUAGAUAUUUCCGUGCUUUAUAGUCACUCGUAGGCGGUAUCAUUGGUAUCUUAUCAACAUGAAGUCUGAGAUUUGAUUGCAAAUGCAAUUUUAUGAGGGCUGUUGAUUAACCUUCAGAAAAAGAUCAGAACGAUCAAUAGAAAAUGGGAUUGAUAAGUUUAGUUGCUGAUGAUGGAGCUAGCUUAUUGCACCACCCAAAAAGGAGACCUACAUAAUAAUGUCAUGGAAUUAUUGUUCACUUUCUUUCAAUAUUUUUUCAGAACUAUUAUUUUAGCGUCAUGUUCAAAACAUUGUGCUAAACAAGUAAUUUAAUAGAAAUAUUUUCAUCAGAAAAGUUUGUACAUUAGAUUUCAUUAGACAUCAUGUAAAUGUAUCUACAAGUUCCUGAUGGAAUAACUUAUUAAUGUUAUUGUUAUCUUGAUUUUCUUA